UUUUCAAAAUGUGUUUUUGAUCACUAUCCACUUUGUUGAUGUAUUGAAUUUUUUAAUCUGAUAACCAUUAACAACCCAUAACAACAAGCGGCUAAUUUCCAAAACUUAGACGCCAUUAGAAAAAGUCUGGUUUCAAGUUUCAUUCAGCCUUUUAGCCGAAGGAAAAUAUAAAUCAAAUGCCCUACUGUUUCGUAAAUAUUAAUUAAUGUAAUUAUCUUAAUGAUGGUACUUCUAGCAUAAAUGCACAACUGUCUGAAUAAAAAAUAAGUAUUAAUGCAAAGCAUAUUUAAUUGUUUUUACAAAUAUUUCUUUCUAUACUAGAACCACAGACAGAAUGUGUUUACGCUUUACAGUGCCAACAUUACAAAGCUAAGAAACCAAGUGAGAGUUACUAAAAACAGCUGUUGGACGAAGAUGGGCGAUGCAAGGAACAAUAACAGUGUGUGAAAUAAAUAAUAGUUUUUAUGCUUCGGAAGCGUGAUACACCGAUUGAAAUAAAUGAUUCGCAAAAUAAAUAAAAUUACAUUAAUAGUACUUAAAAAGUGCAGGAAAAUCAAUUAUGGACAAAAAAAUGUGCAACAUAAAUAAAAAUUUUGACAGCGAACCUGGUGAGAGCACCGAACUGGAAGAAGCUGAGCUAAAUAAUAGAAUUUUUAGUGUUGAAAGUGAUGAUGAACUGCCGGUUUUAGCACAAAAUGACCAAGAAAAUCCUGUGAUUUGGCUAAACGAUGAAGAUCUCGAUCUUGAAACAGUCAAUAUUAAUAGCUUUUUCCAUAGGGUUGAUAGUGACCAAAUUAUUUACCAAACAAAGAAAAAGCGUCUUAAAAUGAUAGGAAAGUACGUAAUGGGAGACCUGUUGGGAGAAGGUUCCUAUGGUAAAGUUAAGGAAAUGUUAGAUUCAGAAACUCUAUGUAGGCAUGCUGUUAAAAUACUUAAAAAGCAUAAGUUACGAAGAAUUCCUAAUGGAGAACAAAACGUACAAAGGGAAAUUAAAUUGCUAAGGACACUAAGGCACAAAAAUGUAAUAAAACUAGUCGAUGUUUUCUACAAUGAAGAGAAGCAAAAAAUGUAUUUAAUAAUGGAGUUUUGUGUGGGAAGUUUGCAAGGUAUGUUAGAGAGCACACCAACCAAGAAAUUCCCUCUUUUCCAAGCACAUGGAUACUUUUUGCAGCUGAUAGAUGGUUUAGAAUAUUUGCACAGCAAGGGAAUUAUACACAAAGAUAUUAAACCUGGAAAUUUGCUUCUAACAUUAGAGGGAAAUUUGAAGAUAUCUGAUUUGGGAGUUGCAGAGGCCUUAGAUUUGUUUGCUGCUGAUGACACAUGUUACACUAGUCAGGGAUCGCCGGCGUUUCAGCCUCCCGAAAUUGCCAAUGGUCUAGAGGCUUUCUCAGGUUUUAAAGUCGAUAUUUGGAGUAGCGGAGUCACACUAUACAAUAUAACUACGGGUAAAUACCCUUUUGAAGGGGACAACGUUUAUCGAUUGUUUGAGAACAUUGGAAAGGGAGACUUUACGGUGCCCGAAGAUAUUGAUUGCACCCUUCAGAACUUAAUUAAUGGGAUGUUACGAAAGGAUCCGGGAGAUCGGUUUUCUAUUAAACAAAUAAGACAACACGAUUGGUGUAUUCGAAAACCUUCCAAAUGUGGUCAGGCUGUGCCCAUUCCUCCACUCCGUGGGGACGAAUUCCAUUCGAUUACGGUGUUGCCUUAUCUUAUGGAACAUUAUUACGAAUGCCAAGGGAGUGACGAUGGGGAAUACGAGUAUUAUACGGAAAGACAAUUAAAUGAGAGGAGAAAGUCUGAAAGACCGCACCAUCAAUUGUACGAGAAAAGUGCCCACAAUAAUGGCAGAGCGCAUGUGUCCAGUCAAAGUACAAAGCGGCGAUGGCCGAAGCCCAUUUCUUGUAUAAGUGUUAAUAAAUUUCCCGGUUGCAAACAGUCGUGACAUGACUGUAUCAAUCAGAUGAUGUGAACGAUAAUAAGACAAAAAGAAAUUAUAAAAACAAAUAAUAAUAAUCAGCAUCUUAUAUUUACAAAUGAAAAACAGAUUCGUUCCCUUGAAAUGGAUUAAAAAAAGUUAUUACUUUAUUCUUUAAUACCUAUACAAGUAAAAAAAACUAUUUUUUAUGUCCCAGUGAAUUGAUGGAAUUCUUUUUUAAAUUUUAAACUUAAAAUUUUCUUCAUAAUUUUACUGUUAUCUAUCUAGUGAAUGUGUUCAUAAUAUAAGAAUAAUUUCAUUGGUAACAUGUUUUGGUGCGUAACUUUAAUUUAUUGUUUCUAUGGAAUUGGUUUUUGGGUUUUAAAGAGAAAAACAAGCAAAAGAGCGAUUCUGUUUUUGCAAUCACCCUCUAUGUGCAUCUAUAUUUUCACAAGACACCUGCGAUAAAAUUAUUGUAAAAGGACAAAAAAAUGACCAGUGUUUGUUUUAAAAAAAACUAUAUUGUUGUUUUAUCCACGCUUUAAUUUUAUUAUUGUUGUUGUUACUAAUUCUGUACAAUAUGCUCAGUGAUUUUUCAAGUUAUGGUUGAAUACUAGAUUUUUUUAUGAGAAAAUGAGAAAAGAGGAGUGCCAUAUGUAGAAAUAUUAUUAAAUAAAUAAAAAGAAAAUAAACAUGUUAAACUUGACU